AUGUCACACAUACUGGGCACCUUCAAAACUUCAAUCCAAACAGCUGUCGACAAUCGCAAGAGUUAUAACGGACUUACAAAAGGCAAGCCUAGAAGAGAUGGACAAAUGACGACAGUAGCCCUGUGUAUCUCUAGCAGAGGCAACGUCCAAUCAGCACGCUUCGAUAGUCAAGAAUCCAGAUCGCCUCCGCGACAAAUCCUUCCAGAAUGUGAAGCCCCACGGAGAAUCGAGCAAGCUCACUCUGCAUACCCACAAUGCUUGGUCGAGCAAGAGACCGGUCUCAUCUUGCCAGAACAGCUUCAAGAACAAAGUACUGGCGUAAUUCUUGCAAACGAUACCUCUCGCCAUCAUAGUCCCCACGCAGACCCCUCUGUGCUCCGUCACUACGAGUUCCGCCCUCUCAUCUUGCCACAAACUGGCUACAGCAAAGGCUCUCCCUUCCUGAGGGGAUACAGCAAAGAUCUCCAGAACUACGGGAUAUCAAACACGGAGUUCCAGCAAAUCGUUGAUGCAAUCAACAUUGCUAUAGUCCCUAACCCGGAGGCCCAGCUGUUCCAGAAAGUCGCCAGUGUUGCUGGGUGGUUUGUCCCUGGCUUCGGUGUAUUGGGUGUUGUAGCUGGCCAGGUCGGUGUUGGCAUGGCUUCUGCGUACGGGCGCAAGAGCGCGGUCUCACGGGUCCUCGCCAAGGCCAAUAUCGAUGUUUUUGUGCCCAGAGGACUGGAGAUUUGGAUCGGCACGACUCAAAACGUAGACGAAGAUCUCGGGCUUCCGGAACGAGUCUCUGGGGCAGCCAAUAGUAAUGCGCUUUCGCCUUGGGAGCUUCUUUCAAGUUACAAUGGGCGCGUCGCUCCUAUCGCUGAAGCUUCGGAAGGGGGGAAAUCGCGCGGCAGAACAGACCCGAUAGCUUUGCUUGGACAUCGACUGAACAGCAGCAAAAGCAAGGAGAAAUUCAAGGAAGCUCAGAGACAAUAUAGUGACGGAAACACAAAGCAGAUCGAGCAACUCAAAAGGAAAUUAAACUGGCUUAUAAUUACCCAGGCGUCAAAUGAGACUAUCAAGGCAUGGCAAGAGAUAUUAAAAUGCCCCCCUCCAAAUUGA